UUUUGGCUUAUGUCCAUCUUUCAACUUUCAACAAGUCAACACACGCACCAACUUCUUUCUUCUCUCAUCAACAAACGCACUACCCCAGCUUCUUCUCUCCCUUCCAACGAUGUCAAAGUCAAACUCCGGCCAAUAUUCCGAUCCGACCGACCCGCUCGCCAACCUCCUCGCCGUCCAAACGAGGAUGGAUUCUCUACACCGCUUCCUAUCCGAAUCGAUAAGCUUCAACUCUCCGAUCAGUCAUCAUCAGAUCGAAUCAGUCUCCUCCGAGAUCGCCUCCGCGAUCCACGAAAUCGUCGCCAACGGCACGGCUCUCCUCGCCCUUUCCCUAACCAAGCAGCUGCCGGUGGCGAAUCAAGUGAAGGAGGAGGAAAACGACGGCGCCACCGCCGACGGCGGAGAUUUCGAGGUCGUGGAGCUCGACGCGGCGGAGCUGCUGGCGGAGCACGUCCACUUCUGCGAGAUCUGCGGGAAAGGAUUCCGCCGUGACGCGAACCUACGGAUGCACAUGAGAGCGCACGGGAACCAGUUCAAGACAGCCGAGGCGCUCGCCAAACCCGGUCCGACCGGUCCGAUCGGUUCCAACCGGACCAUCCGGUUCUCAUGCCCGCACAGCGGAUGUAACCGGAACAAGGCGCACAGGAAGUUCCGGCCGCUGAAAUCGGCGAUCUGCGCGAAGAAUCACUUCAAGAGGAGCCACUGUCCGAAGAUGUUUUCCUGCAAUCGGUGCGAAAAGAAGAAGUUCUCUGUUCUGGCGGAUCUGAAGAAUCACCUGAGGAGCUGUGGGACCGCGAAAUGGCGGUGCUCGUGCGGGACCACGUUCUCGAGGAAGGACAAGCUGUUCGGCCACGUGGCGCUCUUUGAAGGCCAUAUGCCCGCCGUCGACGGCGAAGACGGUGGAGAUAGGAAGGGAAAGGCCGUGAGUAGGGUCGGAGAGGAUGAGGAUGCUGAUCGGAUUUUAGGAGAUGGAGGGUUUGAUCCGAAUUGUGACGAGGAUGGAAUUUUCGAGGGAUUGCUUGAUGGAUUUGGGUCCAUUGAUGGCUUCUCUUUGCAGGACGUUUUAGGUAUUUGAUCUCUGAUUUCACAGUUUUCUUUUUUUCUUUUUAUUUAUUAACAGGUCUGUAUCUGAAUACAGGGUCUCUUGUUUGUAAUUCUUUUUGUUGUGCAUAUAUAGGUGUAUUUCAUUUUUGUGACAGAAUCUUUAUCUUGCUGAGAAUUUUCGUAUAUUGUU